AAUCAAAUCGGUGCCUCCAGCCGGUAGCUGAGGUUUGCAUAUCUGUUGUCUCUUCGAGUUUAUGAUGUUUGACUUUGUUUGUAAACUAUUCGGCUAUCUGGUGUAGUUUAUGUUGUGGGUUGUUAUGAAAGAAUGUGUCAGAUUUCUAGGUUAAAAAGAAAAAUAGCAUUCGUUGCUUGUUCUCUGUAAAAUGGCACAACCCCUUAGCACAGCAAUGGAAAGCCUUACGGCUGCGAUGAAUAGCAGCAUUGUUCCUAGUCAAGAGUAUCUGUUACAAGGUAGCGUGCUAGAUUCAGCUGUAGAAGUGUUGCUACACCGUCUCAGAGGACUUUGUGACAACGUCGACUCUGGCCCAGAACAGUUCCAUGAUCAUGAGAUGUGCUUCAGUAUUCGUGGAACAAGUGCUCAGCCAUUACUGUUGAGAGUUCGACGGGCCCUGGAUUAUCCUGAUAUGCCAUUUCAAUUACGUUACAUUGGUCAACCUGAAAUAGAUAAAUCAAGACCCACAAUUGUGAGAAAUAGCAUAGAUAUAGGCACAAGCUCAUCUGUGGUUGAAUUUCUAACUGAACUGGGCUGUAGAAUGGAUUUUGAGUACAUUGUGAGAGGUUAUAUGUUCCGGAAAGGUCGCAUGAAAAUCACUGUAUCCAAAAUAUUUAAGGUUGGACAAGGCAAGACGUUAGAAAGUGUAGAACCUAUGUCACAAUCAUAUCUUGUAGAGCUUAGUGUUUUGGCUCCUGCUGGACAAGAAGCCAUUGCAGAAGAUAUGCGGAGUUUUGCUGAACAGUUACGGCCCCUUGUUCAGCUUGAGAAACUGGAUUACAAAAGACUACAGCAUUUACCAUGAAGUGGUUUACUUUUGGUUACAGUGUUAUCACAGAGAGGAUACCUUGACAAAGCAGCUGCCAUCUUCUCGUGGUUGCUGGCUGUUGAAUUAAAGAUUGCGGCAUGUGGCACACGGUAGCUCUGCCUAAAAUGCAGAAGACAAUAUUGCAGUUUUAUGACAUCCAUGAACUCUUGUGUCAAGCAAAUGAAAGUACACUGAAAUAAAUAAACAUUGUAAAUAUUGGCAAUUUACCUGUUGUUGCUCAGGUAGAAAAGAUACCAGUGUUAUCAGCUCUAAUUUGUUAUGAUACUUUUUGCAGAAAUAAAUUCCUGUAUCUGAACCACUUCCACA